CCGAAGAAUCAACAAUACGACACACUCACAUUGACAAGUGCACACACAAACACACACACACGCUAUUUGUGAUUGAAUGACAAGCUGAACACAAACAAUGACAUGUAUCUGGUUUUCCGUAUUCAUUCGUUUAUAGGGCAGUUUGAAUGUGUGAACGUUGUCUUGAAAGAAAUAUAUUUAGCAUGAUCAUAGCAAUCGAAUAGUAGUCAAUUUUCAGCAGUUUCACUGAACAGAUCGAUUUACUUCUUUUGUGACACUUUUCUUUUAAAACCCAAAACAAUCAAUAUGACAACCUACUUCAACUACCCACCAAAAGCUCUUCAAGAUGAAUUAAAACGCAUUGCUAACGCAAUCGUUGCCCCAGGCAAGGGUAUUUUGGCUGCUGAUGAAUCGGUCGGAACCAUGGGAAAACGUUUGACCGACAUCGGUUGUGAAAACACCGACGAACUUCGUCGUGCAUACCGUGAAUUGUUGUUCACCACCGACGACAAAUUGUCGGAGAACAUCUCUGGUGUGAUCCUUUUCCACGAAACAUUGUACCAAAAGACCGCUGACGGUACACCAUUCGUUACCUUGUUGAAGAAGAAGAAUAUCAUUCCAGGCAUCAAAGUCGAUACCGGCGUCGUUGAUUUGUUCGGAUCAGAAGGAGAAUGCACCACACAAGGUUUGGACAACUUGAACGCUCGUUGCGCACAAUACAAGAAAGACGGUUGUGACUUCGCUAAAUGGCGUUGCGUCUUGAAAAUCGGCAAGAACACACCAAGCUACCAAGCCAUCUUGGAGAAUGCCAACGUGUUGGCACGUUAUGCAUCAAUUUGCCAAGCCAACGGCAUCGUUCCAAUUGUUGAACCAGAAAUCUUGCCAGAUGGUGACCACGAUUUGGACCGCAGCCAAAAAGUCACCGAAACCGUUUUAGCCGCCGUUUACAAAGCAUUGAGCGACCACCAUGUCUACUUGGAGGGUACAUUGUUGAAACCAAACAUGGUUACACCAGGACAAAGCUGUGCCAAACGCGCUACCCCAGCCGAAGUUGGUUUGGCCACCGUUACCGCUUUGCGCCGUACCGUUCCAGCCGCUGUUCCAGGAGUCACAUUCUUGUCGGGCGGUCAAUCUGAGGAAGAAGCUUCAGUCAAUUUGAAUGCUAUCAACCAAGUUCCACUGGGGCGACCAUGGGCAUUGACCUUCUCAUACGGUCGCGCAUUGCAAGCAUCCGUACUCCGUGCAUGGGCUGGCAAAAAAGAGAAUGUUGCCGCCGGUCAACAAGAGUUGCUCAAGCGUGCUAAGGCUAACGGUGAUUCUUCAUUGGGCAAAUACGUUGCUGGUAGCGUAUCGGGUGCUAGCGGCGAUAAAGGAUUGUUCGUUGCAAAUCACGCUUAUUAAAUACAUACAACGCAGUUAUCAUACACCUUGAACUACAUUGUAAACAGAAUUAUUUUCGUGGUGUGAAAAAAAUAGUUCUCUCAUCGAACAACAACAUCAUCAUUUAAAGAAAAAAAAUAUAAUAAUUAUUAUAGAAUUGAUCUUCGAUCCGAUUGCCUCAGACCGAUUUUAGCAUCAUGUGUUUAUACAACUUUUUUUUUAGCUUGGUUCGAUCUUCUCUGUUCGCUCUCUGCAAGUGAUUUGUUUGGUUGGCAUGUGUUCAACAGCUGGUGACAUUUUCGAGUGUUGGCAAGCUGCCGCAUGCAAUUCUCGAAUGAAUCUACAAAAAAAGCAUGAUUUGUUACCAACUCUCAGGACAGAUAAAAACAGAAUCAGGAACCGUGUUUUUUUUUCGUUUCAUUUUUUUUUUCAAAACAAGAUAUAAUUAGUUCUUUCUUUUAUCAUUUUGUAUAACUGUAAGUGUUGUUGUGAUUAGAUUUUUCAAAUGUGAAAAACUGCAAUUAUCAAUGACUUCCGAUGCUAAAUCACCGACCCAAUUAUAAUGUGUAUAGUUUGAGGCGAAACUAUCUUCAUUUAAUCUAUUUAUCAAAAAUAAAUUACAAUUGAACAAAAAAAAAGAAGAGAAAACCAACACCAGCACAAUUUUGUUUCUUUGCAUUGUUUUAAGUUUGUAAUCUCUAUGUUGCUAACACCCCAGUUGAAAGAAAGAAGAUCCAAGGAAAACUCAUCUCAAUGCUUUGAUGAUGAUGAUGAUACCUAAUAAUAUUAUUCAAUAAAGAGAAUUUACCAGUUUAUGUUUAUGUGUUAGACAAAA